UCGAAGGUGUUGUUGCAGAGACGGAUGGAGAAGCUUGAACCUGUUUAAGCACGGCUAUAGAAAUGAGUUUAGACUUUUAGGUAUUUGUUUUCAGUACACGAAUAGCUGUAGAAAGAGAAUUCCGCGACGUCGUCGGGUAGAUGUCUAAAUUAUUUAGCGAAGUGGAUAUUCUGUUUUGGAAUUUGACUUAAGUGUAUCAUUUUCAUAGAAGAAGGAAAAUUUGGGAAAAUCUGUACGGACCUUCGUCAAAAGAUGAGCUCCCAGCAGUUUCCAAGGGCAGGAGUUCCAGCCUCUAGCCUGGGACAAGCACAGAUGACAGGGGGAAACUCCAGCCUGGCUCCAGGAAACCAGACUGGCACAGGGGGCGGCGAGGAAGGCUGCCGGGAGCCGGACCACACUCCACGCGACCACCCGCCCAGCGGCGGGGGGGCCCUGGCCUUCCGCGACGAGAAGCAGGAGACGGUGGUGGUCAGGCCCUACCCGCAGGUCCAGCCCCACGGGCAGCCCCUGACUCUGCCUCAGCACCUCCCGCUGCCGGCCGGCCCUCCGGCUACCGUCUCGGCGCCGCCGCCGCACCUCGCCCAGGCCUUGCCGCUGUCUUUCACCGAGGCGUCCAUGAAGUCUGCCCUGAAGCCAGCUAUGCCUAGCCGCCCCAUUGCCCCAGCACCAGCUUCUAGCCAGGGUCACCUGACUGUUCCAGCCAAGGUUCCCGGUCAUGUCACAGUUACUAUGGAAAGCAGCAUGCCUCAGACUUCAGCUAUCCCCGUGGCAACCAUCAGUGGGCAGCAGGGCCACUCCGGUAACCUGCAUCCGUUAAUGGCAGCUAAUGUGCAGAUCAUCCGUGGCAGCACGCCGGCACUCCAGUUAGCGUCCCCUGCGGCCCCACCUCAUACCUUUACUUCCCACUUACCCAGAGGAGCAGCAGCAGCCGCUGUGAUGUCCAGCUCGAAAGUGACUACGGUUCUGCGUCCUGCCUCUGGUCCGAGCGCCGGGGCGGUCCAGCCCACUGUGCAGCACAUCAUCCACCAGCCCAUCCAGUCUCGCCCCCCUGCCACCACCUCCACAGCUGUGCUUCCUACUGUUGUGGCUCCAGUCUCGGCGACCCGGGCCCAGUCCCCAGUCAUCACCACUGCGGCCACACACACGGCUGAGAUGAUGCACGGCCGCCCUGCUCUUACCAUUCACCAGUCUCCUGCCACCAUUAGUAUCCAGCGGCAGCCCCAGUCUCGAGACAGUGCCACGCGCAUCACUCUGCCCUCCAAUCCGGCCAUCGGUACCCAGAAGCCGCAGCUGCACACCAUGACUCAGCAGAAACCUCUUUAUAGCAACGUGCCUCCUGUUGCUGCAGCUACAGUAGCCCCAAUCCUGGCCACGAACACAGUGGCAUCGCCAACCACAACUGGAUCCGUAGGCCAUACCCAAACAACUACCAGUACAAUAGUUACCAUGACGAUGCCCUCUCACUCAUCGCAUGCCACUGCAGUGACCACCUCCACAAUCCCUGUUGCGAAGGUGGUUCCUCAGCCCAUAACUCAUACCUCUCCACGCCUUCAGCCUGAUUACCCUGGAGAAAGAGCAAGCCUCCUACCAGGCUUAGCUGGGCACAGGUCUUCUCCAAACCCAGUCACCAUGGAGGCUAGGAGUGACAACAGGCAGUCUGUGCCAAUGCAAAUCCAGUACUUCCUGCCAACAUACCCUUCGUCUCCGUAUCCCCUGACACACACUUACACGCCUAUCACCAGCUCUGUCUCGACCAUCCGCCAGUACCCAGUGACUCCUCAGGCCCCCAGUUCAGCCAUGCCUGCUCAGGCCGGCGUCGGCGUGGCACCUACUGUCCACCUGAACCACAUGCAGCUGAUGGCGGUGGACCGCAUUGGUCUGCAGUCUGCACCACUCAGCACGCAGGGAAUGCAGUCUGCCGCCGCGAUGGGAGCGCAGGGGAUCCAGCCAGCACCCAUCGGAACACAAGGGCUCCAUACGUCUGCGCCCAUCAGCACCCAGGGGAUCCAGCCAGCAACGAUCAGCUCUCAGCAGCAGCAGCAGACAGAGGCCAAGGCAUCAGUGGUUUUGGCAGAUGGUUCCACUCUUGUUUCCAAUCCUAUUAGCAACACGUUCAGUGCAACGCAACCUGUUUCCACAGUUGCACAAACGCACCCGCAGAGUGGCAGCUCCAGCACUCCCACGCUCAUUUCCUCUCCCCGGCCUAGCAUUCUCCGCAAAAAGCCCGCCGGUGAAGGCUCCGCCGUUCGGAAAAACGCUUUCCCAUCCCAGGCCGCCGAAGCCACGAGCCCGCGGCUGGACGGGGCCAUCAGGAGUGCGACGGGAUCGCCUCGACCUGCGGGAGCAAAAUCCAAACCGGAGAUCCACGUUGCGGUGACCCCUCCGGUGACUGUGACGGUGGAGGCCAUGUCCAUCCAGAGCAGCGAGCAGCAGGCAGCCCCUUCCCCUGCCCAGCAUCCCUCGCAGGCGAUCCCCGCCAUCCUGACGGCGGCGGCGGCGGCCCCUCCUUCGCAGCCCACCGCCGCGCUCGCCGCCCUCCCGGCGGCCAUGGCGGUCACCCCGCCGAUCCCCGCUUCCUUGGCCAACGUGGUGGCCCCGCCCACCCAGCCGGCGGCCAGCAGCACGGCCGCGUGCGCCGUCAGCUCCGCCCUCCCCGAGAUCAAGAUCAAGCAGGAGGUGGAGCCGAUGGACACGUCGCAGCAAGUUCCUUCUGUGACUCCCACAGUAGUAGCCCCUGUCCUCACUCCCCUUGGAAACUCCCUGGGGCUUUCUGCAGGAGACCUGCUACCAGGAGCUUCCCCCCGGAAAAAGCCCCGCAAGCAGCAGCAUGUCAUCUCUACAGAAGAAAGCGAGAUGAUGGAGACCAACAGCACUGAUGAGGAGAAGUCUACAGCUCGGCCACUCGCAAUGAAGGCCGAGAAACGCAAGUCCCCUCCGAAGGAGUACAUUGAUGAAGAAGGUGUCCGAUAUGUUCCUGUCCGCCCAAGACCCCCAAUAACUCUGCUGCGCCACUAUCGGAACCCAUGGAAGGCAGCUUACCAUCACUUCCAGAGAUACAGUGACAUCAGAGUCAAAGAGGAGAAGAAAUGCACAUUGCAAGAUAUGGCUAAUCAGAAGGGUGUGGUGUGCAGAGCGCAGGGCUGGAAGAUACACUUGUGUGCAGCACAGCUCCUUCAGCUGACAAGCCUGGAGCGUGAUGUGUACAGCCGGCUGACUACACUCCAGGAAGGCCUGAUCCCGAAGAAGAAGGCCGGAGCAGAUGACGAUCUGCAUCGUAUUAAUGAACUCAUACAGGGUAACAUGCAGCGCUGUAAACUGGUGAUUGAUCAGAUCACCGAGGCCCGUGACGCAAUGAUGAAGGUUCUGGACCACAAAGACCGUGUUAUGAAGCUGCUCAAUAAGAAUGGAGGAACCAAGAAGGUAUCCAAGCUUAAACGGAAGGAGAAAUCUUAGAUUGGGGAGACGUAUUUGGAGGAUGACAUGGCUGACGAUCGUGACUCCUCACUCGUGGUUUGGGAUUUUAGCUUAAUGUGCACAAUCGCUGGGCCCGCAUAAAGCCAAAAGGCAAAAGACAUUUGACAGAUAGCAAGAAAAACACCGGGAUGAUUCUAGGAAAGGUUGUUGAAAGAACGGUAGUGACUUACACAGGAACAUUUUUUGUUUUUCAGUUUUACUUUUGCUAAUUCCGCACUCAUAUUGAAUGCCUUCAGAUUAUGUUAAUGAAAGGGUAAGCAAAUAUGACGUUUACCUCUGUGAAUAUUUAGACACUGUUUUAUAAGGCCAGGUUAAAGGAAAUCAUAUUGAGAUUUAGGGUGCCUUGCAUUAUGUUAAUUGUUACAUUAAGCGAUGAAUGCUACUGUGAAGGGCCUGGAAUCCAGCUGUUUUAGUAGUGCUAUUUCGUCCUGCAAUUAUAGGGACCAAACAUCCAGACUGCCACAGUUGCAUUAAGACCUAUUGUCAGCAUUACAGUGUUGAAAACUGCAUUAAGUGCAAUUAAUGUAAUGACUUUUGAAGUAAUCUUUUACUCCACUUAAAAUGGUCCCAUUUUAAUGUUCAUUCAUUGAGUUAAAUAUUAAAAUUAGUAAUAAACCAUUCACAUGGUCUGUUACAAUUUAUGUAGCAGUACUUGGAAGCUGAUUUUUGAUUGUGACAGAUUUAUACAAUCUCAAUGUGUAAGGUGCCAUAGAUGAAAUUCUUUAUUGCAUUGCACCCUGUCUUUAGUGGUUCGUAUUGGGGAAAUUUAGAACAUAUUGUGUACUUCAUUAUAAAAUAUAUUAUCCAGAUUCCUGUAUCAUAAAGUCUCUUUGAAUUAAUGGUUGUCACAUUUCUCAUUUAUCCAGCACCUCCCAAAUGUAUUUAUAGAGCUUAUUUUUUAAUUGCAGCUGUAGGUCUGGACUUCUCCCAAAUAUUUGGAAUGAAACAUUUGAAGAUAGUUUCGCAGUAUAUGGAUGGCCCAAAGGCAUUUCAAAGUGUAUUCUUAUAAAUGGCGGAUUAUUUAGCUGCUGCUCUUUAAAUGGUAAGACAUUAAGUGUGUGGAUCAGCUCAGUUCUAGUCCUUGUAACGAAGAAAGGACUGUAGAGGGUGCUACAGAGUUACACAAAUGGUUAAUUCAAAAUAGAUCGUUUUCUCAUUGGGCACUAGACAAGCAUCGUGAAUGUCUGAUGUGUACACACUCUUUAAAACUCAUUUUGAGAAGAAAAACUCCAAGGAGCGGGUUUGAAGUGUUCCCCAUGUAUUGUUCUGUGCCUUUACAAAGUUUCAGUCUUACCUAUGUAAGACAAGACUGUUACGCUUUGUAAUGCCAUUGCUUUACUUUGGAAUAGAACUGAACAUUGAAGAUAUACACCUGUAAAUGAGCCUAAGAGAGGGUUGCACAUAUAACUUGAGCUGCACUCAGACCUAGAGAAAAGUAUUUGCAUAGCUUUUUAGUACAAUAUUUAUAGGAGUUAUGAAAGAGAAGUUCUUUUAUCAAGAACUAAAACUGUAAGGUCAGCCCUAUUCAGAUUAUUUUAAGACUGUCUUUGUUCAUUUUAAGUUCUUUCCUGACUGCCGCAAAACUACAGGAAAGGUUUUUGUGAAACUGGGGUGGGUGUAAAAUACCACACCCACACGGAGUUAAUAAUACAUCAUCAUUUAAUCAAAACAUAAAUAAAAUCUGUUUUAGGCCUCCGAUUGACAAAAAAAAAUCUGUUGUUGCAAAGUUAAGUAGUUCACAUCAGCUCAGUUCUAGUCCUUGUAGUCAGGAUGAGUGAAAUUGAAUCCCAAACUUGUGUACCGAAGUGCUUCUUGGACAAAUCUUGGCACACGUUUGUGGGGGGAAGAAAAAGAAAAGAUUUAUAUUAAGUUAAAAAUCAUAGAACAUGUUCUUGCACUUGUGCUCUUGGAAAGGACAGCCUGGCCCUCCAGUUUUCUUCAAAGGCUGUGAAAGCAUACAAUACUUGUAAUAAUUACAUUAGUCUUCUACAGCUGGUGCUCCGUUUUACCUUAUUGUUGCUUGAGGUUUCUCUUGCUGUGUUUUCAAAAUCUGGAGAUUUGGCUGGCCUUCUGGACAAUAGGAAAACCUGAAUAUGUUUAGAAGGUGGUUUAAAAAGUUUAAUUUGAAAGAAAUAUACAUUACGAAUGUUAGAAUGGCCAAUCCUGUUUAUUUUAAGUGUAUAAAGUAGAUUGUUUUGUAAAUUAAAAUAGCUUCAUUUUAUUUCUAUUUUUUGUUUUUGUAUUUUAUGAAGCAUUUCUCCUGUAUCAGUACCAUUUUGGUCGGUUGAAUUAUGAUUUUGUGAUCUAUGGUAUGUAAUUUUGCAUAUAGUUUAGUGUAUGGUAUGUGUUGUUAAGUCACCUUAAGAAAUCUUAAUUAAACUUUUUGUACAUACACUA